AGUCCCAAGUUCCGUUCUGUUUCAGUCGCCACCCAAAAUCCUGCCACAUGAGCGGCCGCGGCGGCGGCGGCCGCAUCCCCAUCCCCGCCUACAUGUGCUGGCCGCCGUCCGGUGCGCAAGCGAGCACGGAUGAGUGGAUGACACAGCGCCCGCUUUGAUGCGACACGGGCUGGAUCCGCGGACGCUUGACAUCUACGAGGAAAUGGUGCUCAACUUCAUCUACCGUUUCCUCCCCAAGCCUUCGGUCUCUGUUGCCGCCACCCUGUCCUGCGCCGCCGCUGACGCCGAGAAACGCGAUGGAGUCGACCGCAUCAGCGGCCUCCCCGACGACCUCCUCCGCUGCGUUGUCGCCUGCCUCCCCGCUAAGGACGGCGCCCGCACCGCCGUGCUCUCUACGCGCUGGCGCGGCCUCUGGUGCUCGGUGCCCCUCGUCCUCGUGGACACCCAUUUCCUCCCCCGCGGCGGCGCAGAGGGCCGGCCCCCGAGCCCUGGCUUCGUCUCGCACGCCGUUCGCCGCGCCGUUUCCGACGCCCUCCGCGCGCAUCCUGGACCGUUCCCCUUCGUCAGCAUCUCUUGCCAGUUCAUGGAAGCCGUCGAUGCGGACCGCGCCGUGCUCGCUCGCUGGUUCUAGCUCCUCGCCACCAAGGGCGUAAGGAGCUCGCCUUUGUCAACCGCCCCACUCCCCUCAUUGACCUGCGCAUCCCUGCCGCGCUCUUCAGCUGUGCCUCCCUUCGCCGCCUGUAUCUCGGCGCAUGGAUUUUCGUCGACACAGCCACUCUCCCACAUGGCGCCUCCUUCCCCAGUCUGCAGGAGCUCGUCCUAGGUGCUAUCGUACUGGAGGACCGCGACCUCGACUUCCUGCUCUCCGCGAGUCCGGUGCUUGAGAUCCUGACCUUUAUUGGAAGUGUGAGGCCUCGUUCGGUUGUAGCCACCAAACCGCCUGGAUCCGGCUGGAUUCAAUCCUGGGCCUCGCUGCGUCCCACAGGUCUAGGCUGGCCAGUAGCAGGCUGCCCACCUUGUCAUUAUGUCAGCAGUGUCACAAUCGUCACCCACGCUGUCUGCAUCCAUGUAUGAUGGCCGCCUGGAUUCAAUCCGGACCUCUAGAGUCGUGGAACCAAUCCUGUUCAAAAUCUACAUGUCAAUCCUGGAUUACAUUCCCCCAUGCAUUUACUCUGCAAUGGAAAGGAGAUACUCUCUCCCUCCCUGGAUUAGUUCCACCUGGAUGCAACCGAACAUGCCCUGAAGGGUUUGCGCGCCCGUCUUGCCAGCCACAGCCUACGCUGCGCACAGUUCUGUCUAUGCUUUGUUGAAGAAGUGUCGGUACUGGACGCCCCAUGCCUGGAGCGGCUCUUCAUCUGGAGAUGCCCAAGCUCAAGCGUGAGAGUCAAGAUUGGCCAUGCUCCUCAGUUGAGAAUGCUGGGUUACCUGGAGCCAGGAGUGCACGUACUGGAGAUUGGCAACACCGUUAUCAAGUCAACAACAAAGCCAAGUCCUAAAACGACUGUUCCAAGCGUGCGGAUGUUGGCACUGGACCUGCAGUUCAGAAUUCACAAUGAGGUCAAGAUGCUGCCAAGUUUUCUGAGAUGUUUUCCCAAUGUUGAAACACUGUGUAUCCAGUCAGAAAAACCUGUUGAGCCCACCGAUUGCCUGAACGUCAAGUUUUGGGAAGAAGCUGGUCCCAUCAAGUGCGUGCAGUCAAACCUCAAGAGACUUAUGCUCCGGGAGUUUCAUGGAGAUGACAAUGAGUUUGCUUUUCUUAUGUAUAUUGCUGAAAAUGCCAAGGUAUUGGAGUCAAUGGUUCUUGUGAUGGGACUCCGAAGGCACUCUGAACCAGAACAAAUGGCAGCCAGAAUGAAAGCCCUGGAUAACGCAAGAUGGGCAUGUGGAAGCAGCAAACUCAGGUAUAUGAUUUCCCAGCUUGGUGAAGAAGAAGGCAGUGUUUGGAAUUUCACAGUGGCAUCUGACUUCAUGUGGAAUGAUCCGUUCUUCUGUGGAGUUUAGAUAGUGCAUAUCGUGCCUCUUCUGCGUCAAAUUGUGUAAUCAUUUCUGCUAACAGUUCUGUCUGGUGAUCUGGUCUGUGGUGACUUGUGAACCGUAUCAGCCUGUAUGCCACUACCACAGCACUGCCCACAUGGUUGUAGGCGCUGAUGUUGUUAUAUGGUAUGACCAUGGCUCGCCCGUUCUUGUUUAAUUGUUUCUUGAGCAUCAGCAUGUUUCUCUUCCAAAUCCUGGAUUGGGAAAGGUGGGACGACUAGCGAUGUCAGGUUGUUUCAGCAGAGCAUGAAGCUGUAAGGUUUUGCCGUGGCCCGUGGGGACGUUUUUGUUCGCUUGUUUCUAGAUUUAUAUGAAAGUUGUCAUAAGUUCUGCAUGGUGAAAGCUUCGGCAUUUCUCCUUAUUUUUAUGUACACUGAUGCCUUGGAACUUGGAAUAGCAAAUAAUCCGUUGGAUUAUGGACUUGCACACAAAUCAUUCAUGAAUCGAAAUGGCUGAACCCUAAUAACAGCAGUGCAGUGAACAGCUUGCUGCAGAUAGAUCCAGCCUCAGGUUUGCAGAACUGUAGCGAGCUCCUUCCUCCCCGUCUACCCGUCAGCUGGCCGUCGCACCCAAAACCCCAGGCUGCCAGCCGCCGCCGCGACCCACCACGACACCAUGUCCGCUGCCUCGGCGCUCCGGCCGACCGAGCUAUUUCCCCUCCCUAGCGGGCUCUCCCUUUCGCCGCGCCUCAAGCUUCUGCUCACCUUCUUCCGCGCCGACCUUACCGUCCGGCCCCUCGACGAGUGGCAGCUCAAGUCCGCCCUCCUCGCCUUCCUCCGCGACCCGCCUCUCUCCCUCCCGCUCCUCCCCGACUCCGACCUCUCCGUGAGCCGCCUCCCUGACCUCCAGAAGCGCCGCCGCGAGGAGCCCGUAGCCUCUGGGGUCCUCCACGUUCGCGACCUCACCUUCCUCCGCCCCCGCAAGGGCGACGGCGAGGCCGAGGAGAUGACCCGGGAGCAGGAGGAGGAGAAGUACUUCGAGUGGCGGAACACCCUGGUCCAGAAGCUCGAAGGCAUCGAGCUCAACCUCGAGGGAGUGAAGUUCCGGAUGACCGUUGAGAUCCCGUCGUCCGACGACUUCAGAACGAUGAAGAAGUCAUGGGAGGAUUUCUACUCCUCCGAGCUACUCAAUAGCAGGAAUCCGGUGAGAAAGAUAGCAAAAAGGCCAGACACUAUUAUCGUCCGUGGCGUGCCUUCCAGAUGGUUUGCGGAGACAAGAGUAUCAUCCAAACCUUCCACGCUGGUCACCCACACUAUUUUCUCAGCUCUUGGUAAAAUAGGCAACCUAAAAAUUGCCAAUGAUGAUGAGAUAGAAGCUAAAGGAGAUGGAGCCAGUAAGGAGCUCAUAUCUGGACUUAAUUGCAAAGUUUGGGUGCAAUUUGAGAACUAUGAUGACUUCCACGAUGCAAUGAAGGCAUUAUGUGGACGCUCUUUAGAGAAGGAAGGAUCUCGGUUGAAAGUAGACUAUGACGUGACCUGGGACCGUGAAGGUUUCUUUCGCAUUGCUCAAUAUGAGCCAGCUGGUAACAAUUCAGGGGAGAGGGAUUCAUCAGCAUCGGUUCAUGGCCGGAGGAAACAUCACACUUCACGCAUUGAGUCAGAUUAUAGGAAGAGAUUCAGGGAUUGAUGACACAGGUCCAUGGUAUGAGCGAUAUUCCUUUGUCCUCUGGAGAGGGAAAACAGCUGCAUUGUACCACUAUUGUUUCAUUCUCAGAUUUGAAGUUAUAUUUCUCCUCUGUUCACACUUAACCGAACAGAAAAAUCUUCUAACUAAUUGAUAGUUAUUAUUAGUAUCAGUUUUAUCCUUGUUGAUACCCUGAGGCCAGAGUGUACCACAAAACCAAACUGUUUUAUUUCUUUGCAAAGAAUUCUUUAGCAUAUUGAACGUCA